AUGGCUUCCAAGGGCAUGAAAAAAGUUGCCAGGGUGGGCAAAAAGUUUGCAGAAAAAAUAGAGCACCCCCCGUAUAUGCGUGUUACUAUACCAGCAGGAGGUGCUGUACCUGCCCCACCUUUGGGACCACAGUUGGGACAGAGAUCAGUUCAGAUCCAACAGUUCUGUCAAGAUUUCAAUGAGAAGACAAAAGAUAUUAAAGAUGGAACACCCCUGCCUGUUGAUAUCAAUGUUAAUCCUGACAGAUCAGUCAUCAUGACCAUCCACCCACCUCCCGUCUCACAUUUUCUCAAGUUGGCAGCAGGAGCUAUGAAAGGAGCCAUGAAACCAAGUCAGCAGGUUGCUGGUAAAAUAAGUCUCAAGCACGUGUAUGAAAUCGCAGAAAUGAAAAAGGUGGACCCUGUCUUUGCAAUGACUUCCAUGCAAAAUAUAUGCAAACUUAUAAUUGGACAGGCCCACUGUAUGGGGAUAGAAAUUGUGAAAAAUAUUCAAACUGAAGAACUUCGAGAAUUUUUGGCUGCUAGAAAAGAGGAAUUAAAGCAACAAGAGGAGGAAUUAGCGGAAAUUAGAGCUGCCAAGAUGUUGAGAGUUACAUAGUCGCCAGUGGGAAAAAGCAUCGACAGAGCUGCCAAGAUUUUGAAAUGAUCAUACAUGUACAUGUAGUAGGCAUGAACUCUGUGAUUUUAGAGCAUUGUCUUCUUGUGAUGUGACAUUCAAUCUGAUCAUAGUUCAAAUCAUGACAGUAUAUUUGGAACAACCAAAGCAAUGUUCUGUUUGUGUUGGUUGGUUGUGUAUAGCUGUACAAAUCUUUUUUGUGAAAAAAUAAUCUGACUCUG